AUGGCCACAGCUCUGGGGAGGCCCCUCUUUCUGUACCAUUUUAUCGUGGAUGACCCAAGUGGGAAGCAGAGAUCACAGGAUGAUGAUCCGCCCCCGUGUCCCCCGUGCAGGACCCUGGCGGGCCUGGGCAGCCCGGUGCGGACCUGCGGGCCGCUGAUGGACGAGGACGUGGUCAGGCUGCGGCCCUGUGAGAAGAAGCGGCUGGACAUCCGCGGCAAGCUGUACCUGGCGCCCCUCACCACGUGCGAGAACCUACCCUUUCGGCGGAUCUGCAAGCGCUUGGGGGCCGACGUGUCGUGCGGGGAGUGGCCGAUGGCCAUGUGCACCAACCUCCUGCAGGGCCAGACGGCCGAGUGGGCGCUGCUGAAACGCCACGAGUGCGAGGACGUCUUCGGGGUCCAGCUCGAGGGAGCGUUCCCAGACACCAUGACCAAGUGCGCCGAGCUGCUGAACCGCACGCUCGAAGUGGACUUCGUGGACAUCAACGACGGCUGCCCCAUCGACCUCGUGUACAAGAAGGGCGGCGGCUGCGCGCUCAUGAGCCGCACGGCCAAGUUCCAGCAGAUCCUGCGGGGCAUGGACCAGGUGCUGGACGUGCCGGUGACCGCGAAGAUCCGCACGGGCGUCCAGGAGCGCGUGAACCUGGUGCACCGCCCGCUGCCCGAGCUGCGGGCCUGGGGCGCGGCGCUCGUCACGCUCCACGGCCGCUCGCGGGAGCAGCGCUACAGCCGGCUGGCCGACUGGGACUACAUCGCGCAGUGCGCCAGGGCCGCCAGUCCCAUGCCGCUGUUCUUUCUGCAACUGGACGCCAACCGCGCCGUGCAGACCGGGGUGGCCGGCGUCAUGGUGGCCCGCGGCGCCCUGCUGAAGCCCUGGCUGUUCACGGAGAUCAGGGAGCAACGGCACUGGGACAUCUCGGCCUCCGAGCGCCUGGACGUCCUGCGCGACUUCACCCGCUACGGCCUGGAGCACUGGGCCUCGGACACGCAGGGCGUGGAGAAGACGCGCCGCUUCCUGCUCGAGUGCUGUAGUUCUGUGCCCGUGGGGCUGCUGGAGCGACUCCCACAGAGGAUCAACGAGUGGCCGCCCUACUACCUGGGCCGGGACCACCUGGAGACGCUCAUGGCCGGCCAGUGGGCGGCCAACUGGACCCGCAUCACCGAGAUGCUCCUGAGGCCGGUGCCGCCCAACUUCGUCUUCCUCCCGAAGCACAAGACCAACGCCUACAAGUAG